AUGGGCACGUUUGUGUCGUAUGGCGUGCCGGACUCAUCGGCGCUGUGGGUAGCCUUUCGCUUGUCGCAAGCAUGUUCCGCGGAUGGGUGGAAGACACCAUCGCUUGCUGCACAGCUCGAGUUGUCCGAUUCUGCAUUUCUGCAUGACUCCGCCGUAAAUUCCGUUCGUGUUCGUGUGUGGGAUUCUGAACCUGCCUUUCUUCCGGUUGAGCUGUCAGAAAGGUUGUUCAUUGUUCGUCGAAGAUUGCAUCGAUACCGUAAUCGUGUAGAACGAUGUGUGAAAAUCCUAUCGGGUCUGGAAGGACGUGGGCGAAAGCCUACCGCAAGCAGUUUGGAGAAAGCGAAACUCGCUUUAGAAAAGGCCGAUGCUGCCCACGCCAGGGAGGAACAAAAGAUCAAGGAAAAGGAAGACAAAGAGAAAAGAAGUGCUGCAAAUGCCAGAGCGAAACUUGAGAAGAAAUUGGAGAAGGUUCAGAAACAGCGAGUACAAAAGUUGAGAAAGUCAACUGAGCGCAAGCGAAGGAAGGAGGCAUCUGCGGAGGCCAUGUUUAUGAAGAGGUUUGUGAAGCAAAAGGCGAUCGACCGUGUCAUCUCAGACUCCAAGGUCUCUUCCGCUGCGGCUGCAGUUGUUCCAAGCGUUUGCAACGUUCAUGUGUUUCCGGAUGGAACAGGGAGUACUUCGACCGAACAUCUCGGCGCAGUUCCUGCAAACGGAGAUAAGGACGCAAUGACCCUGUCCUGGUGGUUGCAAUCGGAAAUGGAAGCCCCAGACCGUUCAAGAAUGGACGAGAGGUUCACUGCCACGAGUAAUUCCGAGAAAGAGUUAGUGGCAUCCUCGGAUGGCGCGUUUAGGCAGCAUAUGCACCUUUGCGCACAGCGGCGGAAAAUGGCGGAAGGCAGGAUUCACAAGGUCUUGCGAGAAUACCGCGCGCAUCGUACCACUCAUCUCGAUGAUCGCAUGCCAAGAUUUACGAGAAGACGAGCAGAUGUUAGAGGACGCGGAAAGAAGGGGACGAUCAAGUUGUUGCAGUUUCAUGGUAACCAUCGGCCAGCAUUUUUCGGAGUGGACCCGCGGAAGGCAACAAAGGUUGGUCCGAGACGGCCUAUCCUCAAGGAACCGGACCUGGACUAUGCAUACGACAGCGGAGAAGAGUGGGAAGAAGAGGAAGAUGUAGAAGACUUAUUAGACAUUGAGGUCGACAAAGAAAGGGCCGACGAAGACGCUGAGCUGCGCAAAUUGUACGGGAGUGAUGAAGAAGAGGACGAUGACUUCCUCGAUGACGGCGAUGCUGACGAGGAUGAUGAUGACGACAAUGAUAGCAGCUGCGAUGGCGAGGCAGCUGGCGAAGGACAUGACGGGAAGAAGCCUGGGCAUGAGGUCAGCCUUCCGUCAUCUCUAGUGACUCAGACCGGUCCAAUUACUGAUGGCGAUGCACCUACGGAGAUGGUCGGAUUAACUAUCACAACGUCGGGUACCGGCAACAAGAGGGUGAACGCCUCAAAGGACGCGUCUAAUGAGAAUCUUCGAAAGAAGAGACGGCGGCAUCGCAAAUUCAAAUCUUCCAUUGUAAUCCAGGGUGUGUCAUUACCGAAAGCAGGCGAGCAGUCUCCCCUUGACUGCUACGCUGUUUCUUCUAUUGAGGGUGCGCCGAGAAUUCGCAUGUUCAACCCGUACAUCACCCAUGUCACCGAUUUCCUUCACGAAACCUCAAUGCCCAAGCCCGCCCCGAUUCGCAUCCCCCGGACAUCGCUUGAUGAAGGUGCGAAACACGAUCUUGCUGUUGUGUUAGUGACUGGCACCUCCAAAACGUCACGUGAUAACCUCGUGUUUGAGUUUUGCGAGCGGAGACGUUCGCAGGGCUUACCAGUGCCCCCGAAAAUAGAAGUUGUACGGGCCAUCAGAGUUCUUGCAACCAAUGAAAAGCGCAGCGGCGAUAGUCGCGCAGCCUGGCAUCUGAAUGAUCAAUUACUCGCUGCAAGAAUUCGUGAGACGCAUGGGGUAGGGAAGCAGUCGAGAGCAAAAUCUCCAGAAAAAGCGAACACAGCAGGCCAUGACAAUUCUCAUCCAAGGUGCCACCUGGCACCUCAUAUCAGCCCUGCUGCCCCACCGGAACAACAAGUUGUUAGUCCCCCGGAAACCGUCCCGGUUCGUGCACCUCAGUCGGCGCAACCGCUUUUCACAAAACCCACCCCAUUUAUAGGCGACCGAAAGAGUGACGUUAGAUAUGCUAGUUCUCCGACCACAGAGUAA